GAUCAAGAUACCGAUCGAUUCCUCCACCCCAAUUCCCAAUUCGAUACCACCCGCCAGGCCGCCACGCCCUCCCCUCCUCCUCCUCGCCAUGGCGGAUUGCCGCAGCCUCAUCGAGUUCCUCCGCGCCUUCGAGCACCGCCACCGCCACCACGCCGCCGCCGCCUCCACGGACUCCGCCGCCUGCGGCACCGCGCCCGCCCGCCCCCGCCGCGGGUCGUCGCCGCGGAGGGGGAGGCGGAGGCUGUUCACGUCCCUCUGCGACCACUCCGCGAUGGCGGCGGUCGACGCGGUGGCGCUGCUGGCCGUCGUCUCCGCGCUCGCGUUCCUCGUCACGCCCUACGUCAGGAUGGUGGCGGCCGAGGUCGGGGGCCUGGUGUCCGACCUCGACGCGGCGGGGGUGGCGUCGUCGUACUACGCGCCGUUCGCCGCGGCGGGCGCCGGGGCGGCGAUCGCGGCCGUGGCGGGUGUGGUGGCGUGGGACGCCGUGGGGCACCGGGCGCGGAGGUGCGGGAAGCCCCGGUGCCGCGGGCUGCGCAAGGCGGUGGAGUUCGACAUCCAGCUCGAGACGGAGGAGUGCGUCCGCGGCCAGCAGCAGCGCCUGCUCCCGCUCCCCGGGGGACGCGCCGCGCUUCUCGCGGCCGCCGGGGCGCGCCCCGUCCAGCUCGGCGACGCGCACCGCGAGCUCGAGGCGGAGCUCAGGAAGAUGGCGCCGCCCAACGGCCGCACCGUGCUCAUCUUCCGCUCGCCGUGCGGGUGCCCCAAGGGGAGGAUGGAGGUCUGGGGCGCCAAGAAGGUGCGCCGGAUCAAGAAGUAGGCAGCCGCUUACUCCCAUGGCCAUGAACUGUUUGGCUAUUGCUGUUACUGCUUCAUCAUAAGAACUUGCUGUUACAUACAUAGCAAUACUAUCACAGUGCUCUGCUCUUGUAGCUAGUAUAAUUGAGCAUAAGGAGAGAAAUAAAAGUGGUAGAUACAUGUCUUAUGAACUUAUUAUGAUCGGUCGCCAAAUCAAAAGUAGCCUGCUCCUUGGUUGGCAGCUGUUAAUUGGAUUAUUAUGCAAUAAGUGGCCAUUUCCUCUUGGGUAUAUAAAUAAGCGUGGUGGAUAGACUUCUAUCUGAUAACUCGUAUAUACCUUGUUGAUGACCAGACCUGUCAAUUUAUACUCUGGCUGUUAUUUGUGCUAUGGAGUACUAUGUAACAUGGAUGGUUUUCUGGAGGAAGCAA